CUCUGUUCAGUGUUCUGACCUGCAGAGGGCAUGCUGGAGUCACUGGUUUUGUAUCCAGGGGUUCACUGAAUGGCAUGGUUGUAUGUAAAGAGGCAGGGCAUGAACAGAGAGACACACAGGGUUUCUUCUUGCUGCUCUCAGUAGAGGAGAGACUCCAGUUGUACACAGUCGGUCUGUGGUGGAAAUACACACUGCGUAUAUUUCUCUUAACCGCAUAAAUUCAGCUGUUAGGGAUCGGCAGCUUGAGGAGAGGGCUUUCUGUGAGGACUGCAGCAGACACUGAGGAAAAGAUUUUUACACGACUACUCAGAAGAAAACGAUUGGCUGAGGGUCCCCUGACAGAACCAAACCUCCUGAUGUUUGCUCAAGCUGACAAUCAAGAGAUGUUGCCCUGAUUGCUGUUUGUCAGGCACAGCUUUUCAUUAAGCAAGAUGUCAACCACAACAGAAAAUGGGAUGGGAGGGCCUUGGAGCACAAGCAGAGAGAAAACAUACAAAAAGACCACGUCAUCGGCCUUGAAGGGGGCCAUUCAGCUCGGUAUUGGCUAUACAGUGGGCAAUCUCACCUCCAAGCCUGACAGAGACGUGCUUAUGCAAGACUUCUAUGUGGUGGAGAGUGUCUUUCUCCCCAGUGAGGGAAGCAACUUGACCCCAGCACAUCACUAUCCUGACUUCCGCUUCAAGACCUACGCCCCACUGGCCUUCCGCUACUUCAGGGAUCUGUUCGGCAUUAAACCAGACGACUACCUGUACUCCCUGGUGAAUGAGCCUCUGAUUGAGCUGACCAACCCGGGGGCAAGCGGCUCUCUCUUCUACCUAACCAGCGAUGACGAGUUCAUCAUUAAAACCGUCCAGCAUAAAGAGGCCAAGUUCCUGCAGAGAUUGCUACCUGGAUACUAUAUGAACCUGAACCAGAAUCCACGCACACUGUUGCCCAAAUUCUACGGACUGUACUGCAUCCAGUCGGGAGGCAUCAACAUCCGACUGGUAGUGAUGAACAACGUGCUGCCACGCUCCGUCAAAAUGCACUACAAAUACGACCUGAAGGGAUCCACCUACAAGAGACGAGCGUCCAGAAAAGAGAGAGAGAAGGCUUGUCCGACCUACAAAGACCUGGACUUCCAGGAUAUGCAUGAAGAAGGGCUUUACUUCGACGCAGAGACAUACAACAAUCUAAUGAAGACCCUGCAGAGAGACUGUCGGGUGCUGGAGAGUUUUAAGAUCAUGGAUUACAGCCUGCUGCUGGGUGUGCACGUCCUGGACCAGAACCAGAGAGAUGGGGGCGAGCAGGGCCAGGCAGGGGGGGACGGGAGGAGACCCGUGGCUCAGAGGGUGCUUUACUCCACUGCCAUGGAGUCCAUCCAGGGAGACGGCAAGGCUGCUGAAGCUCUCACCACAGAUGACACGAUGGGUGGUAUCCCUGCCAAAACACACAGAGAAGAAAAGCUACUCAUCUUCCUGGGUAUCAUAGAUAUUCUACAGUCAUACAGAUUCAUUAAAAAGUUGGAACAUUCAUGGAAAGCCCUGGUGUACGAUGGCGACUCUGUCUCGGUGCAUCGGCCCGGGUUUUACGCCAGCCGCUUCCUCAAGUUCAUGAGCACACGGGUCUUCAGGAAGACUCAACCAAUUCGAUUCUCCCCUUCAAAGAGGACGCGUACUUCUAUCCCAGCUCUGAAGUCGUCCUCACAGGAGAUUCUUUCAUCGCAGGCAGAUGAGAGGAACGAGGAGGACAGGAGGGACAGGCUGGGAGGAGCUUACAGUCUGGCUAGUCUGGACGGACAAGCUGUGUUUGGCUCGUACCUGCGUCCUGAUCUGGUCCCUGCCAACCCGUCCUUCUACGAGGGCUCCUCCAUGGGAACCAUCUCCACUUCCUCCAUCUUUGUCAAUGUGGACAACCAAACACAAGAGAGAGAUGACGUUGCAUCCAGCUCUACGUUUACCCUGGAGGACAGUGCUAUCUGCCUCACUUCAGAGCAGAGCACCAUGGAUGUGGACAUAGACCGUGAUGAUGGAUCUGUUCUCGACGUCUACUUGUGAAAAUAGCAGCUUUACAACCUUCCCUUCCUCCUGCCAAUCAUAAGACAAUCGCCACACUCCAUUGGACGGGCAAGCUGGCCUUUGACUCCACUUCCAGUGCUGCUAGAUCCAUGUUGCCACUUGUAUUGCCAACACAUAAAAAGACUGAGAUUCUCCAUUGGUUGAUGGACUAAAAGAAGACACCAACAGAGUCACAGCCAUGGACAUCUGCAGGAACCAUGUGAAAUAUCAUGGAUGUGAUGAACAUCAGGCUGAACUGAGUGUCGCUUUUUAGAGCAUGCAUCAACGCAGUGCCAUUAAGUUUUAUAUAUGUAUACUGUUUUCAUGGCCUACACAAAGACCUAAACAUUUACUGUAUAUACAUACGAGGAGAGGUAGAUACAUUUCUUUAAAUGUUUUUUUCUGCUGACGAGAAUUGAAUGAAGGAGACUUUCUAGUUUGCAACUUCAUUGGUUGCUAAUCAGAAGAGAAAAUGUUUACAGUGAAUUUAUGAUGGCAUCUUUGUCCCCGAUGAACGGGGAUGUGACAGUGUCACACAAAGGACACAAGCCAGUUUGUUGCCACAGCCAACACAAAUGAGAAAAGACUCACAUGAACAGACUUGAUGGAUUCUGAAGCUCCUGAGGCCCAACACAGACUGUGACGUGGCUAAAGUGGCCACCUCAUCCUAUUCCUAACUGGGCUGUUAUUUGUGCUGCCCUGACAGGAACCUGAAGCCCUGGCGAAGGACUGCUGUUAAGUGAGAAAAGACAGUUACUGGAUGUUGGAUGAAGCACAGAGCGGAAGGAUGAUGCAUUCGCUCUUGAUAAAAAGGCACUUUUGACAUUGGUUAUGAUUACUGUAAGAAAUAUUUUUCUCUGAAGAAGUUGCUUAAGUGGGUGGGCUACCUGACAUAAGCACAGAUUUGGAUAUGUGAAUAUGCACUUUUUUUUCUUCCUCUUUUUACUCUACAGAUGCACACCUCUGUAAGUCAUUGAUACUACAUGUACAGAGACAGUGACGGAACAUUGUAGAUCAUUUCUGAUGUGGAGCUACUAGUUUUGUGAGGUUUGUGUCAUGAAAUGCUUUUACUCAGGAUAUCCUUUGAUACUGAAUAAGUGUGUCCUCUUUAAGAAGUUCUGAGACAUGCCUCCUACACUUAGAAGCUGUCCGAUACCUCUACAUCAAGACCAUAUCCAACUAUAAAUGUUGAAUUCCACGAUCACACGUUGGUUGAGACCAUAAUUUAUUAUGUAAAUCUCAAUAUUUUACCAUUUGCUGAAAAAAUACUUUAAUCGCUGAAUGUAAAGACAAUGCAUAUUUAUAUAUAUAUAUAUAUAUAUAGAAGAGACUCCUAUAAAUAAACAGCUUAAAUUCAAUGACUACUGUUUAGCUUAUUUGUAUGUAUGCAUAAUUUGGGAAUUACCUGUUGUU